CUCUAUGGUCCUCAAAAUGGCGGCCGAAGUGUCUGCUGCACUGCCUCCUACAAUCUACAGUAAUGGCCACACUAUGAUGAUGAAUGGAGAAACAGAUUUUCAUGAACCUGCUGAAAAGAAGAUGAGAUUAAAUGAUGAGGGGGCGGCUCGUGCACGUUCUCCUGUACGAGAGGUCGAUCAGUCUGGCACCCUUGUCUUGGGUGCUGGAGCCAAGAAGGAUGAUGUGGUUCACCUACUUGGACAAAGUCUCCCGCGCCUCUCCUCCGACCAGAAGGAUACUGUAGCUCGAGCCAAAAAAUAUGCUAUGGAACAGUCCAUACGUCUUGUCCUCAUGAAACAAACUUUAGCACACCAACAACAGCAAGCCAAAUCUUUACAACGGCACCAGGCCCUAGUUCUCAUGUGCCGUGUAUAUGUUGGUAGCAUCAGUUUCGAGCUCAAAGAAGACACGAUACGCCAAGCCUUUGUUCCGUUUGGUCCAAUCAAGUCAAUAAAUAUGUCUUGGGAUCCUGUCACACAGAAACACAAAGGAUUUGCUUUUGUUGAAUAUGAGAUGCCUGAAGCAGCUCAGUUGGCACUGGAGCAGAUGAACGGUGUUAUGAUAGGUGGUCGUAAUAUCAAGGUUGGACGCCCCUCAAACAUGCCACAGAAUUGGUCGACAGCACAGGGCCUCAGUGCCUGUGAUGUCACACAAGCAAGACUUCUUUCCAUGACAAGGACAACAGAUGGUGCACAGACGGUCAUUGAUGAGAUAACUGAGGAAGCCAACUAUUAUAAUCGUAUUUAUAUAGCUUCAGUUCAUCAGGACUUAUCAGAGAGUGAUAUCAAGAGUGUCUUUGAAGCUUUUGGGAAAAUCAAGCAAUGUAUGUUAACACCUGGUACCACCCCGGGCAAGCACAAAGGUUAUGGAUUUAUAGAGUACGAGAAUUCCACAUCAGCCCAGGAGGCCAUUGCAUCCAUGAAUCUCUUUGACUUGGGUGGCCAGUACCUCAGGGUUGGAAAGGCCAUUACUCCUCCUGGUUCAUUUUAUGGUCCUCUCUCAGCUCCAACACAAAUGCCAACUGCAGCAGCAGUAGCAGCAGCAGCAGCAACUGCCAAGAUUCAAGCAAUGGAUGCUCUUGCAACAAAUGCCAUUGGCCUGGUACAAGGCCUUAGUAGUUCUCCGGGUUCUAUGUCUCAACUACCACCAGUUGGUGUUGUGGGCAGUGUACCUCCUGUUGGAACAGUGGGCAGUGUUCCAUCAUCAGUUUCAGGUGUUGGUGUAGGAACUCCUCCACUUGGAGUUCUAGGUGGCACUGCCUCAUCUGUUCCUCCUGUGGGUGUUGUAACUAGUUUACCUAAUCUUGGUGGACCAACUAGUGCAGGUGCAACCAUACCUCCACCAACAGUCAUUACCUCCUUACCAGUUCCUGGCACUAACAACUCCACACUUGCGCCGCCUUUACCACCUUCGACACCUAAUGCUGGUAGUGUAGGGAGUGUUGGGGCCAAUGCAGGAGUGAAUGCCUCUGGUGUUGCUGAAGAUCGAAAACCAACACAUCAGGAAGAACUGGCCAAAAAGCUCAUGGAGGACAAUGAGCCUCAAACACUACAGCAGCAGGAGACUAUGUCCAUCAAGGGCCAAUCUGCACGGCAUCUUGUCAUGCAAAAGCUCAUGAGGAAAGCAGAGUCAACGGUGGUGAUCCUGCGUAAUAUGGUAGGAAAUGAAGAUGUAGAUGAACUUCUCCAAGAUGAAAUUACGGAAGAGUGUGGUCGAUUUGGUGUUGUGAGACAUGUAAUCAUAUAUCAAGAAAAACAAUCUGAUGAAGAUGAUGCAGAAGUUCUCGUCAAGAUUUUUGUGGAAUUCUCAAAUCCACGAGAAAGUGCAGCUCUCGGGUUUUUUAAACGCAGAUAUUUGGGGACGAUUGAUAAAAGUAAACUGUAUGACAGAAUAUUAAACCAAAAGACCUCUCAGGGAAAAAAGAAUAUGCAAUUAUCAGCCUACCCAUACGAUUUUGUUUCUGUUGACAUAUAUACAAAAAUUCCUAGAAAUUAUUACAUAGGUCAAGACAAGAAAAAAUUAUACAAGAUCAAAGUCACCAGUGACGUGGUCCCAGACGAUUAUAUUGAAACCGAAGAACUUACUGGUUCUGAUUAUGUCUAUUUAAGAGUUCUAAAGGAAUGUAAAGAACUUAGCACACUUAUUUACAAAGCAGAAAUUGGUCAUUAG